ACUAGUACCUAGAAAACGUGACCUCGGUCAGUCUACGGACUAACAUUACACAAGCGGAAGGACAUGGAACAGGGCAUCAAAUGAUCCUGAAUGGAUUGUGGAGAUGACAAUGGCAAUUGAAAAAAGCCGGCGGCAUGGAGUGUUUAUCACUCCAUUCCAGCAAAUGGUUGCUUCCUGUUCUGGAGCCAUGCUCACCUCUAUUUCAAUGACUCCUUUUGAUGUUGUGAAAAUUCGUCUUCAAGCACAGAGGAAGCCGUUUGUUAAGGGGGACUGUUUUCUAUACUGCAAUGGCUUGAUGGAUCACAUCUGUGCUUGUCUCAAUGGCCAGCCAGCCACAUCUAGUCAGUGGUACAAGCAGCCAGGGGCAUUUAACAGCACAAAGGAUGCCUUCAUUCAUAUAGUCCGCAAUGAAGGUAUCACAUCGUUAUGGAGUGGUCUACCGCCUACAUUAGUGAUGGCGGUACCGGCAACUGUCAUAUAUUUUACAUGUUAUGAACAACUCAAAGUCGCGUUCAAGUACCAAGAUUCCAAGCCAUCUGAUUGGUGGAUCCCAAUGUUCUCAGGGGCUCUUGCAAGAGUGUGGGCCGUGUCCUUGAUAUCGCCGCUAGAACUCAUCCGAACCAAGAUGCAGGCUGAGCAGCUAACGUACAGUCAGAUCACCAAGUCUAUGAGAAGAGCUGUCCAGGCAGAUGGAGUUCUCUCCCUUUGGAGAGGCCUUGGUCCAACACUGUUACGAGAUGUGCCUUUCUCAGCACUGUACUGGUUUUCCUACGAGAACUUGAAGUCCUACGUAUUGUUGACGCGUGGUUCGACAGAUCUGAGGUUUUCCGAGAGCUUUCUAACAGGAGCGACAGCCGGAACAAUUGCUGCUGUGUUAACGCUGCCGUUUGAUGUGAUCAAGACCCACCGCCAGCUGGAGUUCGGGGAGAUGAUGACACACACAGGGAGUCACAGGAAGAGGCAGGUCAGCUCCACUUGGCUGCUGAUAGUCCGACUGUAUCGACAACAGGGCAUCAAUUCAUUAUUCACAGGUAUAGUGCCCCGGAUAUCCAAGGUGGCUCCGGCCUGUGCCAUCAUGAUCAGUUCCUAUGAAUACUUCAAACUAUUUUUCCGGAAUCGGAAUGAUGAGACCGUGAAGAGUCUCUCCAGGAACUGACGAUGCCGGAUUGCCAGCCACAAGUGUCUUCCACAUUCUAGAAUACAUGCAGAUGGUGUGAAGUGAUGUAGCAUGGAUAGAUGGACAAGUUGGAUGGUUAGGCGGUGGACUUGUUGGAUGGAUGGAUGGACAAGUUGGAUGGAUAGGAGGUGGACUUGGUAGAUGGAUGGAUGGACAAGUUGGAUGGAUAGGAGGUGGACUUGGUAGAUGGAUGGAUGGACAAGUUGGAUGGAUAGGCGGUGGACUUGUUGGAUGGAUGGACAAGUUGGAUGGAUAGGCGGUGGACUUGUUGGAUGGAUGGACAAGUUGGAUGGAUAGGAGGUGGACUUGGUAGAUGGAUGGAUGGACAAGUUGGAUGGAUAGGCGGUGGACUUGGUAGAUGGAUGGAUGGACAAGUUGGAUGGAUAGGAGGUGGACUUGGUAGAUGGAUGGAUGGACAAGUUGGAUGGAUAGGCGGUGGACUUGGUAGAUGGAUGGAUGGACAAGUUGGAUGGAUAGGCGGUGGACUUGGUAGAUGGAUGGAUGGACAAGUUGGAUGGAUAGGCGGUGGACUUGGUAGAUGGAUGGAUGGACAAGUUGGAUGGAUAGGCGGUGGACUUGGUAGAUGGAUGGACAAGUUGGAUGGAUAGGAGGUGGACUUGUUGGAUGGAUGGAUGGACAAGUUGGAUGGAUAGGCGGUGGACUUGUUGGAUGGAUGGACAAGUUGGAUGGAUAGGAGGUGGACUUGUUGGAUGGAUGGAUGGACAAGUUGGAUGGAUAGGCGGUGGACUUGGUAGAUGGAUGGAUGGACAAGUUGGAUGGAUAGGCGGUGGACUUGUUGGAUGGAUGGACAAGUUGGAUGGAUAGGAGGUGGACUUGUUGGAUGGAUGGAUGGACAAGUUGGAUGGAUAGGCGGUGGACUUGUUGGAUGGAUGGACAAGUUGGAUGGAUAGGCGGUGGACUUGGUAGAUGGAUGGAUGGACAAGUUGGAUGGAUAGGCGGUGGACUUGUUGGAUGGAUGGAUGGACAAGUUGGAUGGAUAGGCGGUGGACUUGUUGGAUGGAUGGACAAGUUGGAUGGAUAGGAGGUGGACUUGGUAGAUGGAUGGAUGGACAAGUUGGAUGGAUAGGCGGUGGACUUGUUGGAUGGAUGGACAAGUUGGAUGGAUAGGAGGUGGACUUGGUAGAUGGAUGGACAAGUUGGAUGGAUAGGAGGUGGACUUGGUAGAUGGAUGGACAAGUUGGAUGGAUAGGAGGUGGACUUGGUAGAUGGAUGGACAAGUUGGAUGGAUAGGAGGUGGACUUGGUAGAUGGAUGGACAAGUUGGAUGGAUAGGAGGUGGACUUGGUAGAUGGAUGGAUGGACAAGUUGGAUGGAUAGGCGGUGGACUUGUUGGAUGGAUGGACAAGUUGGAUGGAUAGGAGGUGGACUUGGUAGAUGGAUGGACAAGUUGGAUGGAUAGGAGGUGGACUUGGUAGAUGGAUGGACAAGUUGGAUGGAUAGGAGGUGGACUUGGUAGAUGGAUGGACAAGUUGGAUGGAUAGGAGGUGGACUUGGUAGAUGGAUGGACAAGUUGGAUGGAUAGGAGGUGGACUUGGUAGAUGGAUGGAUGGACAAGUUGGAUGGAUAGGAGGUGGACUUGGUAGAUGGAUGGAUGGACAAGUUGGAUGGAUAGGAGGUGGACAUAUAUGAGGAGAAAUAUGAUUGUAGUGAUUUCCGAAAGAAAUCAACAUAUUCAACAUCGCUUUUGAGUGGUGACACAAUUAUGCAUGUAUUACUUAGUGGACAAUUAAAAUGAAACAAAAACA